CCCAGUAACAGAGAUACCCCAGAGAGAUGUCCCCGUCCUCUGUAUUCCCAGGAUUGUACAGAGGAGAAUCACAGGAUCCCACAGGAGGAUCAGGUAGAACGUCAGUCUGAUAUUAAAACAGAAGAUAUAGAGGGAGAAGAAGAGACACAUGUGACUGAUAUAAAGGCAGAAGAUACAGAGGGAGAAGAAGAGACAUAUGUGACUGAUAUAAAGGCAGAAGAUAUAGAGGGAGAAGAAGAGAUGUAUGUGACUGAUAUAAAGGCAGAAGAUAUAGAGGGAGAAGAAGAGAUGUAUGUGACUGAUAUAAAGGCAGAAGAUACAGAGGGAGAAGAAGAGACGUAUGUGACUGAUAUAAUGGCAGAAGAUAUAGAGGGAGAAGAAGAGACUUAUGUGACUGAUAUAAAGGCAGAAGAUACAGAGGGAGAAGAAGAGACGUAUGUGACUGAUAUGAAGGCAGAAGAUAUAGAGGGAGAAGAAGAGACGUAUGUGACUGAUAUGAAGGCAGAAGAUAUAGAGGGAGAAGAAGAGACGUAUGUGACUGAUAUAAAGGCAGAAGAUAUAGAGGGAGAAGAAGAGACGUAUGUGACUGAUAUAAAGGCAGAAGAUAUAGAGGGAGAAGAAGAGACGUAUGUGAGGGGUGAUCAGCAGUGUAAGGAGGAGGAAAUCCCUACAGAUAUCAGCACAGAUGGACACACAAGCAGGAAUAUCUCAGUAGGACAUCUAAUGUUAUCCCCGGAUUGUGACAUAAAAGAUAAUGACAGUAGACAGGAUUCUCCAGGAGAUAACCCCAUUACCCCAAUUUUACAUCCAGCUCUAUCAGGUGAUCCCCCUGAUCCUGGGAAAUGUUCUCCUGAUCACUCUGAUAUUGGUGCAUCUGUUACAGCUCUGACAGUAGAUACAGUGUUUCCAUGUUCUAUAGAUGCCAAAUGUUUUACACAGAACACAAAGCUUAUUACUCGUCAUACAGGUAAGGCAGGUGAGAAACCAUUUCCAUGUUCUGAGUGUGGGAAAUGUUUUACAUACAAAUCACAUAUUGUUAGACAUCAGCUAAGUCACACAGGUGAGAGGCCAUUUCCUUGUUCUGAGUGUGGAAAAUGUUUUUCACGGAAAUCAGAUCUCAUUACACAUAAGCGAAGUCACACAGGUAUAUCUCAGUUUCCAUGUUCUGAGUGUGGGAAAUAUUUUGCACUCAAAUCAGAUCUUAUUACACAUCAGCAAAGACACACAGGUGAGAGGCCAUUUCCAUGUUCUGAGUGUGGAAAAUGUUUUACCUGGAAAUCACAACUUGUUAUACAUCAGCGAAGUCACACAGGUGAGAGGCCAUUUCCAUGUUCUGAGUGUGGGAAAUGUUUUGCACUCAAAUCAGGUCUUGUUAGACAUAACAAAAGUCACAUAGGUGAGAAGCCAUUUUCUUGCUCUGAGUGCGGGAAAUGUUUUAUCCGGAAAUCACAACUUGUUACACAUCAGCGAAGUCACACAGGUGAGAUGUCAUUUGCAUGUUCUGAGUGUGGGAAAUGUUUUGCACUCAAAUCAGAUCUUGUUAGACAUAACAGAAGUCACACAGGUGAGAAGCCAUUUUCUUGCUCUGAGUGUAGGAAAUGUUUUAUCCGGAAAUCACAACUUGUUAUACAUCAGAGAAGUCACACAGGUGAGAGGCCAUUUCCAUGUUCUGAGUGUGGGAAAUGUUUUGCAUGCAAAUCAGAUCUUGUUAUACAUCAGAGAAGUCACACAGGUGAGAAACCAUUUUCUUGCACUGAAUGUGGGAAAUGUUUUGCACAAAAAUCACAACUUGUUACACAUCAGCGAAAUCACACAGGUGAGAAGCCAUUUUCUUGCUCUGAGUGCCGGAAAUGUUUUAUCCGGAAAUCACAACUUGUUACACAUCAGCGAAGUCACACAGGUGAGAAGCCAGUUCCAUGUUCUGAGAAAUAAAUCAGCUCUUGUUGCAUGCAAUAGACCACUCAGGUGAGGAACCAUUUCAGUAUUCUGGAGUAUACUACUUAGUGCCAUGCAUUGUUCUUCAAGGUUCUUAUCCUAUCUCCUAUGCUUUUUGCAAUAUACAUGCUACCACUGCUAUGUCGAUGACCUGUCUCUUGCUCCAGGUACUGAGAACCCAGUACCAAUCCUAAAUGGUUGUCUAGCUGAGCUCCAGGUGUGGGUUAUGCCAGUUGGCUGUGACUCAGUCCUGGUGAAACAGGUCCAUAUAAUAGAAGCUCACCAACAAAGGGCAGGGCUACAACUCAGCUUUGUUACCAACCAGACUUACGCUUGGGGGUUCAGAGUUACAAAAUGCUGAUCAUGUGCAGAAUCUUGGUGUCCUGGAUGGUGGAGUGACAUUUAGACACCAGGUAUCAGCCACAAUCAGAUCCUCAUCUGAGGAACAUAGCCAGACUCCAGCACUUUAUUCCCUCAGAAGAUCUACCUACAGUAAUACAUGCACUUGUAUCAUCACGCAUAGACUACUGCAAUGGCCUCUACCUGGGUCUCCCAGCAAUAGAAUUGCACCGGUUGUAGCUUGUACAGAAUGCAGCAGCCAGGCUGUUACCUAUCCAGCCCGUUCCUGCCACGUAACACCCAUUCUCUGCUUCCUUCACCGGCUGCCUGUAAGAUGGUGACUCUGGGCCUAAUUCAGGUUGGACUACAGUGUGUGAUCCAAAUGGAAUUAUUCAGAAAAAGUUGUGGAUGCAUGCGCAGCGACCAUCCUGCACAUGCGUCUGCAUUCUCUAUGGGGGGGCUGCAGACAAUGCGAUUACUUCUUGUUAAUCAGGCAGAGGCGGUCACGGGGUGGGGGUAAUGCUCCAUUUCCAGGGAGAAGAUGGAGCAUUGCAAGUGUGGUGCGGCGAGAAAGGGAGGUGGACAAACAGGGGUGAGAUCACGGUGGCAUCACACGCAGCCAUCGCAAUCAAGAAGAAUGCGGUAGGGAUCCUGCGGGCACAGCUAAGCUGGCAAGAUGCUUCACUAAUUUCUAAGAUGAAGCAGAAAUUGUGAAGCGAUCGUAAUUUCUGCUUCAUCAAGGGGCAAGGUGCCGGCCAGCAUACUGGGCGGCCUUGCCUUGCGAUGGACGGCCCCCUGCACGCUAGAAAAAGGAUUGCUAAUUAGCAUCUGCUAUCCUUACUGACUUACAGAAUCUUACUGACUCUCCCAGCCCUACAUGACCAGGGUCCAUGUAUCAGAAGCAGCUUCUGCCUCCUUACUGACUUACAGUAGGCCUCUAUUACAUAAUCUUACUGACUCUCCCAGCCCUACAUGACCAGGGUCCAUGUACCAGAAGCAGGUUCUGCCUCCUUACUGACUUACUGUAGGCCCCUAUUACACAAUCUUACUGACUCUCCCAGCCCUACAUGACCAGGGUCCAUGUACCAGAAGCAGCUUCUGCCUCCUUACUGACUUACUGUAGGACCCUAUUACAUAAUCUUACUGACUCUCCCAGCCCUACAUGACCAGGAUCCAUGUACCAGAAGCAGCUUCUGCCUCCUUACUGUAGGCACCUUAUUACAUAAUCUUACUGACUCUCCCAGCCCUACAUGACCAGGGUCCAUGUACCAGAAGCAGCUUCUGCCUCCUUACUGGCUUACUGUAGGCCCCUAUUACAUAAUCUUACUGACUCUCCCAGCCCUACAUGACCAGGGUCCAUGUACCAUAAGCAGCUUCUGCCUCCUUACUGACUUACUGUAGGCCCCCUAUUACACAAUCUUACUGACUCUCCCAGCCCUACAUGACCAGGGUCCAUGUACCAGAAGCAGCUUCUGCCUCCUUACUGACUUACUGUAGGCCCCUAUUACAUAAUCUUACUGACUCUCCCAGCCCUACAUGACCAGGGUCCAUGUACCAGAAGCAGCUUCUGCCUCCUUACUGACUUACUGUAGGCACCCUAUUACAGAAUCUUACUGACUCUCCCAGCCCUACAUGACCAGGGUCCAUGUUCCAGAAGCAGCUUCUGCCUCCUUACUGACUUACUGUAGGCCCUGUUACACAAUCUUACUGACUCUCCCAGCCCUACACGACCAGGGUCCAUGUACCAGAAGCAGCUUCUGCCUCCUUACUGACUUACUGUAGGCCCCUAUUACACAAUCUUACUGACUCUCCCAGCCCUACAUGACCAGGGUCCAUGUAUCAGAAGCAGCUUCUGCCUCCUUACUGACUUACAGUAGGCCUCUAUUACAUAAUCUUACUGACUCUCCCAGCCCUACAUGACCAGGGUCCAUGUACCAGAAGCAGGUUCUGCCUCCUUACUGACUUACUGUAGGCCCCUAUUACACAAUCUUACUGACUCUCCCAGCCCUA